AAAUUAUAAAUACCCAAAAGCGUCGCAAUUCUUCUUCUUCGCUCUCUCUUUGGCACACUAAAUUUUCCACCGUCGCACACCUCGCAUCACCACCGUCAGCUUCCGCUCGGGAAGAUCAUCCAAACGACGCCUUCCUCACCUAUAGCCGCCUAGGGAAAAAAGAGAAUUUUGGGCAUUUGCAGCCUGAUCUUAGCAAGAAGAGAGUGUAGAACUACUACGAAGAAAUCAUGAGUGGAGGAGGUGCAGGAGGUUCCUCCAAACAAAAAGUUGAAUCUUCAAGUAAAUCUGAUACUUCUUUCAAGCGUAAGCGAGGUGUUUUCCAGAAAGAAUUGCAGCACAUGAUGUAUGGUUAUGGAGAUGAUCAGAAUCAACUUCCGGAGUCUGUGGCCCUUGUCGAGGACAUUGUUGUGGAGUAUGUUACAGAUCUUGCUCACAAGGCCCAAGAUGUGGCUUCAAAGAGGGGGAGGCUGAUGAUAGAAGACUUUCUGUUUAUCAUUCGUAAGGACUACCCAAAAUUGAAUCGUGCCACAGAACUACUUGCUAUGAACGAGGAGCUCAAACAAGCUAGGAAGGCUUUUGAUAUGGAUGAAGAAAAGCUGGUUUCAGGUGACUGAUGCACAUGGCUCCCUGUUAUGGAUUUGAAAACUUCCAAAGCUUUAUGACAGAAAGAAGAGUUGAGGAUGGUUAGUAAAAACUGACAAAUCGAAGCACACUCCGGAACAGAAUGAAUGAGCUUAAUUACAAGUUACUUGUAAAACCAAGUCAGUUAACACUGCAUUUGUAGAUUUUAGUAAUAACUGAGAAGGAUGCUAAAUACUGCAGGUUCAUUUAUUUAAUCUAUCUUAUCUCUCAUACUGUAUUUACAGUGUAGACCUGGUGUCGAUUUCAUUAUUUGUUAUCCCUGGGACUUGGUAUUGUUUGCCAUUUGAGUAUUCGAGCAUUUGAUGUAAUUUCUAAGAAUAUCCAAGUCUUUUGGUAAUUUGUUUA